UGCUGAAGAGUAGGUCAGAGUAGUUGCAGUCAUGCCAAAAACAAAAAAGAAGUCCAAGAAGCAGCUGGAGGACGAGCUGCAGAAGGCGGCAGAGGAGCAAAAACGGCAUGAGGAGAAGGAGCGUCUCUUCAAGCUAGAGGAGGAUGCUCUCGCGGCGCAUCGAGAGAGAUUGGAGAUCGAGCUUGAGGGCAAGAAUCGUGUCCUUGAAGCGGAAAGAUUGGAGGAAGAACAAGAAGUGGUAGCCCGAAUGAAGGGCGAACGGAAGCGGUGCCUGGACUACGAGCAGUCGAAGUUGCAGGAGAAAAUUGAAUGGCAGAAGUUUGUGUCCUGCACAUCACGGCCCAACGUCAUGUAUGAAAGCGAGAUCACGACCUAUGUCACAAUGGUACGUGAGGAAAGGUCGGACCGCGAAUCCAUGGAGACAGCGAUCGAGAAGUGUAAGGCUGCUGAGGAGGUUGUCAACGACCUCCUUGAGCUUUACUGCAAGGCUUGCGAGGAAGGCGAUGUCAUUAGACAGGAAUGGUGCAUGCACUACCUCGGCGAGAUUCGAGAUUUGGAAGUUGAACUUAUCGAUGCAGCAACCGCUCACCUGUUGUUGUACAUCGAGAAGCAGGAACCCAACACCCACUUGCAGGUCUACCUUCAAUGGGGGAACGCCAACGACGAGAUGAAGGUUGGCUUCUGGGGUCAUUUGCAAAGCAAGGGCUUCCGCGCCAAGUCCAUCGAGCACAGCAAGAUCCAGAUAGGACUGGACCUGCCCAAAGCGAUCCAGCUUCAGUCCAUUGGGCACUGUAUUGGGGUGCGCUCGCUGUAUACCACCUUCGACAGUGCACAGGGAAAAGAUCCAGUUCAGAUGUCCAUCGGAGGGAUGAUUCGGGUAGACUUGCUGUCCAUCCCGCCCUUCAGCAAGAAGGUCAAGGGAUGGACCAUUCGAGCAGUCCCUGCUCCGGGCAAGGAGCUAAUGAAGCUUCCCUACCCCAACACCGAGCAUACAACAGCCAGCACUGCCAUUGCAGCUCCGUGCAAGAUCGACUACAAGGUGCCAGCACACGUGCUGGUGAGCAAAGUUCCAGUCGUCUCCUGGUGGGAUGCAUCAGUGGAAAGAUGGUCUACUGAAGGCAUCACUGAAAUCACAUGGGAGCAGGAGUCACGGAAGAUUUCGUUCUUUACUGCGCGACUGGCUUCUUUCUCCAUCACCCAGGAGCGACACAUCGAUCUCCCGUACAAGCACUGGAACAUGAGGCCAUGCGAUGACAUGGUGGUGGAGCUCACUGUCCAGGCAGCCAGGUACGAGCUACGCUUCAUGAUCUCGGAAGAUGGGCUGAGGCUCAAAGGGCCUCAGCUACCUGAGCUUCUGGAUGUGAUGUUCGAGCCUGGAAGCGGAGAGGCAGGUGGAUUGAGUGGGCCUAGCGGUAGGAGGCCGCGCGUGCGCAGCCCGGCAACUCUGCUGAACGAGCUUCGGGAGUGCGGCCUCAACCUCAUGCCAAAGAACUCGGAUGCGGAUCAGCUAGAGGGCUACACGCCGAAGCAUCCCGAGACGCAGGCAAGAGCAUACUCUGACUUGAGUGAAAUUGCUGCGUUCUACGACAUCGCCUCUUCAGUGCACAACAAGGACUUGCCAGCAGAACGAGCCCUGGUUCGAAUUCGUGAGAAUGAAUUGCAUGAGACCUUCAACCCACUGGAUGCUGACGGAGAUGCGGACUAUCAAGCGCUCAUGUUCUUUCCGGACAAGUGCUGCUAUGUACAGUCGCUGGAAGGGAUUUCACCCUGCAGAGAGGCUAUGGCUCCCGGCCACGUCACACACGCUAGCCUUUACCUGUGCUUUGACAAGCAUCCAGCUCCGGGUCCUGCACACUCUGAGCAGCUUCAGCGCCUGGAAGUUACGACUUCCACUGUGCGCUUCGUUGAAGCUGUUAGGCAAACGAUGCAACUCAUGCACUUGCUGUCGUUUGUCUGACCAGAUGAGGAGUUCAGAGCACCAUCGAUCACUGCAAAAAGCAGCGAUUGUAUUUGACUACCAAUGAUGUUUCACUGGACUUACCCGC